AUGCCUACUUCCCAGAUCUCCACUCCCCUCAACGGUGUCGAUGCCGCCAUCGUCAUUGCCGCUCUCCACAACCACGACCUUAUGAUCAAGACGCUCUGCCCAGCGCUCGUCAGCUACGCUUUCGAAUCCGGCGACAAGGCCACCUCGGCCACCUACACCGUCACCGACAAGAAGCCCAUCGGUCAGACUACCUACAAGCUCACUCUCACCAACGUCCCUGAGGGUGUCGACUCCCUUGUCAACGCCAAACCCCCCGUUGGCGUCCUCACCAUCAGCGGCAAGUGGCGCGUCGCCGACGGCAAGCUCAGCGAGGAGAUUGAAAUCGAUGCCAACUUUAUGAUGAAGAAGGUUGCUAAGAGCAACGUUGAGAAGACCCACCCCGAGCAGCACAUGAAGCUUUUGGAGGCUGCUCAGGCAUAA